GUCCCAUGAGCAGCUGUCCUUUACUGCGUGAUUACUGCAUGUCUACAUAAACGGGCCUGAAGAAAACAUGCGCAGCUGCAGGUCUGGAGAAAACAAUGUGUCAACACAUGCAUGCGUUUUAAAUAACGAAAAACAUCUGAAGCAACCUUCGCUCCACCCUCAGCAAACAACGCCUAUUGACACGGUUAUGCAAGACUUUUCUGAAAUUUUGCGUCUUUUCUCGUCAGACGACCAACAGUAUACGGCUUAUCAACAGUUAUCAACUUAUCUAAAGUUGUAAUUACUGCAGCGGUUUGUUUACGCUCACCAUGCAUCUAAUCGGGUCCAGGUUUAUAUUGGGAUUAGCACUGUUGGUUCUACUGGCAGGCUGUCAACAGUGUGUCUCAGCUGACAGCGACACUUUGGCUCCACCAGAGGUCUCUCAGUACAAUGGUACUCUCUAUGCAACCUGCAAAAUGAGACCCAGCACUUCACUACCCGACGGCCUGCCCAAAGUGUACGGUCAGGUGCUGUUAAAGCAAGAUUAUCCUCUGGGGAAACUCAAUGUCCUUCUUCGGUUCAAUGGCUUCCCCACAGAGGGUGAUCCAGAGCCCAGAGCGGUGCACAUCCAUCAGUACGGAGACCUGAGCCGGGGGUGUGACUCCACUGGCGGCCACUACAAUCCACAUGCUGUACAUCACCCCAACCACCCUGGAGACUUUGGUAACUUUGAGCCCCAGGAAGGGAAAAUAAAUACAAUGAUGGAAUCUGAGGCAACGCUGUUUAGAGAGCUGUCUGUGAUUGGAAGAGCAGUGGUGGUCCAUGAAAAGAUGGACGACUUGGGGCAAGGUGGAGAUGCUGGGAGCCUGCUGCAUGGAAAUGCAGGCCGAAGGCUUGGUUGCUGCAUUAUUGGGAUUUCCCCUCCCGACUCCUGGAAUACACAAUAUAAGCUGUAUGAUAGGCGGCUGAGGAGAAAUUAGUUUCACAGGAAUGGAAUAUACUAUAUGUCAAUUUUACAGAUUUGGCCUGUAUUCAUUCAUUCAUUGUCUGACAUCAAUAAAACGUUAUUAUUAAUCUCAAAUGAAGUUUGGUACAGAAUUUGGUAUACACAUUAGUAAGGACGAAUCGUACCGACUUGGGUGGUCCUCUGACUUUUCCUCUCGCGCCAUCAUCUAGUCAAAAUCUCAAUUCGUCCAAUACUUAUUUUAUGACCAAAAAUUAAAUUACCAUCAAACUCCACUGUACUGUGUUUACUGCUUAUUAGCCAAUGUUAGCAUGCUAACAUGCAAAACUAAGAUGUUGAACAUAAUAAACAUAACACUUGCAUGCAUUUGUAUGUUAGCAUUGUCAUUGCAAACAUGUAAGCAUGUUGUUAGCCUUUAGAUUAAAGAACCUGCCUUAAGACUUCAUAUGCAAGCCAACCAGUAGUUGAAAACUAUUUAUUUUUCAGAAAAAAAUCCAUUUUGUACACAUUUCUCCAAACAUUUAACACACAUGGCUCUAUGUAAUUUCUAUCUUGUGUUUCACCACAAAAAUGGGACAAAGACAUCAGUGCUGGUAAUCUAGUUGUGGCUUAAUUGUGUUGUAGACUAAAUUCUGUAAAUGUGUUCUUAAUUAAGAUGUCAUCUGACAAAUCCUUGUAUGUCAAAUAUUUGCUUUGAAGAAGCCUGUCAAGGAAAUAAAUAAGAGCAUGUGUUAAAAAAGAAAAUGCAAUUAUCUUUAAUCAAUAUCUAGUACAUUGUCAUGCAGCAUUUUAUAGCUUUGAUACUAUUGUGUUGAUUAAAAAUAAGACGUGUAAGGGUGAUUAGCAAAUAAGCUAAAUGUCUCACAUUGUCAAGACAAGAACUUAAACUGUAAAUGUGUUUGAUGAAAACAAAAUAAAGCUGCUGCUUGAACUAAACAUUGCUCACAAUAGCUGGAUGUCUAUUUGACAUACUGGCCAAUGAGAUUCGGUAGGUUUCUUGAACGUCGAGGCGUGGGAAGUGUCGGCAGAGGUAGAAAGACAGAGAAUUGAUUUCUAAGCAACACCACGUCUUCAUAGUCAAAAGCAAUCACACGUCCCUCUUAAUUUUAAGUUACUUUCUGUGAGAAACCUGAAUCAGUGUCGUACUCCAGAGUUAACAGUAGAAAUGUUAAUCUAAAUCAUGACACCCCUGUGGCAUUACAGCCGUAUCCUACAGACAUUUUUUGAUACUUUUAUCGCCAUAAAUCAGUUUCACCCACCUCCGAUACAUAAACAAUGCAACGCUUCAAACUUUGUGGGAACAGUUUGGGAAUAACCCUUUCCUGUUUCAACACCACAAUGGUGUGGAAAAACUUGACUGAUGUGCACAAAGUUCUGACCUCAAACCCGUCCAACCCCUUUUGGAUUAACUGGACUGUGAUCCAGGCUUUGUUGCCCAACCUCACUAAUGCUUUUCUGGCUGAGUGGGAGCAAAUCUCUGCGGAACAUCUUUGUGGAAAAACUAUUCCAUUAGAGUUAUAGCAGCACAUUUCUGUUCAACAAUCACAUAUGGGAGUUACGUUUGGGUUUGGACAUUCUUUGGGCACAUAUUACAUCAUCAGUUCCUGACAGUUGAUGCUCAAUUCUUGUUUUAGGUUUGUCAUGAGUCAUUCUUACUACUUUGACAAGUAAAAAAAACAAUAAUUGGUUUUGAUAUUACUUGGAUUUGCAGUAAAUAUCAGAUGUCGGCAUCCAUUAUCAACUCAAUAGCGACACUUUUUCCAUUUUUUUUUCAUUAUUCAUAAAAAUAAAUAAAGUAGCAUCAUAAUGCGAUACGGCAUUGAUUUUUCCCGAUGCUCUGCAACAUGUGAGCAGCUCAUGGAAGAAUUCACAUUUCCUGACUAACACAAAACAUCUGUCCCAUCUGGAAGCUCCGUCUCCAGGUUUGACUGGACAUUCUCCUGGUCUUCAUCGGAACUUGCGGCGGCAGCAGUGCAUAUUGUGCUAUUUAUGUUUGCCUCUGUUAGAAUAAACUCCAUCUCAACAGUUUCCACCCCAUCAGUGCAUUCAUCCGACUGUUCCCCUCUUCCCCCUGUGGGGUCAGAGUCCUCUAAAGUUUGCUCUAUGUGGCACAGGUCUGACGGAUGUUGUGCGGAGGAGGAAUCACUCGCACACUCUUCUUUUGACCGGUGACUCGUUAAAUCAGUUGUGACCUGUGACUGACUGCUGUCAGGACACUCUUCACUGUCUGGUGUUUCUGUCUGAGGGCAGACUGGCUCUUCCUCAGCUGGCUGGCACGUCUCCCCGCUGGAUGGGGAUAGUGUCUCCACAAGAAGCUUCUGUUGACCACCUGACCCAGCUGGUGGUCCACUCUCUUGGACUGGGACUCCUGUGGAGCUCUGCUGAUCGACAACUAUUUGUUCCGACAGUUCAUCACCUGUAAGAAUAGAAGACUCAAGAAAUAAAAUCUCACCAACACACACAAUGAUAGAUUGUGUCUGAGAAGUAUGAGUGACAUUGAUUAUUCACCUUCCUGUCCAGGA